CGCCUCCUCCUCCCUCACUCGUGUGCCCUCUUUUCUCAAUCCCCCUCCCUCGAACCCUAGAUCUCUACUGCCGCCGCCGCCAAUCAGUCUAGAUUUGUAUCUGCGAUGCCCACCUCGCCUCAGGUGAGCGGGAUCCGUCGUGCGAAGGUAGAGCUCGACAUAUAGGUCAGUGUGUGUAUGCUGCAGCUCCAAAGGGACGAAUGUCGAGGUAGCCACUGCUCCAGUCGAGGCUAGCACGCCGUAGGACCGACCGAAGGCCUUCUGAUCCAGCAAAACCCCCCAAACCCCAUAUAACGAGGCCGCGCCAUGGAGUUCCACUUCCGCGCCGGCGAGGAGCGCUGUCCGUCGACGGGGGCCGCGGCUACGUCGGCCAACUCCGAGACAGCAGCCACGCGCGUGAAUGACGGUCUCGUCGGCGGCGACAGUGCGGGGUACCAUGGGGAGAGCUCACCGCCGCCGGCAUUGGAUCCGGACGACCUGCGGCGCCGGGCGGCAAAGGAGAGGAUAAGGGAGCGGAUCCUGCACGAGGAGGCGGAGGCGAUGGCGCUCGAGUUCGAGGUCCGGCGUGAGCUCAUGGAAGAGCGCACCAGUUUGCUCGCGCAGUUGGCCGGCGGGUCGGAAACUAGGGCAGCGCCGGCGGUGCCAUCGCUGAAGACGGCGCCGAUCGAUCACCAGUCUGUGCAGGUUGGAUCCAAAGUAGACGUGUCUGCGGCCAUGGCAGCCAAGCGGAAAACCCCUCAUGCCGCUGCUGCAUCCGUUGUUUCGGCGGCCACAGGCAGCAAGAAGCAGAAGCCUGCUCUGACUUGCACGGUGUGCAACAUCACGGCAACCAGUGAGGUUGCCCUGCAAGAGCACCUCGGAGGGAAGAGCCACGUGAGGAAGGCCGGUAAACCUGCGCAGCCUCACCCAGAGGAGGAUGUGUUCAGCUUGAAGGUAAAUGGGUCGCCAGCCUUACCGGCCAAGGGGAAAAACCCUGGUGUAGUUGUCACUUCGAUGGCUCUCGCUGAAAAAAGUUGCAACAACUUGGGUUUGAACUGCAUGGUCUGCGGCAUCACAGCAAGCAGUCAAAAGAACAUGCAAGAUCACCUCAAAGGGAAAAUUCAUAUGAGGAAGACUGCCAUGCUCGCGCAGCCAUAUCCUAAGGAGAAUGGGGUCUGCUCAAAACCAAAUGCAUCAGCAGCCAUGCUACCGGCCAAGCGGAAGAACUCCGACGUUGUCCCAGCCGCAUCCACCCUUUCAGCAGGGCCAAGCAGAAAGAAUCAGAAGCAGGAUCACCUCAAAGGGAAGGCUCACAUGAAGAUGGCGGCCUCGCUUGCGCCUGGGGAAGCGUGGGAAGAGGCAGAGGUGGAAGGCGGCUACACGCCGUGGAAGUUCGAGAUGGUGACCGGCUCCGGGACAUUGUGCGAGGUGGUGCAGCUGAACGGCUCCAUCCUCUGCGAGGUGUGUGACCAGCAGGCCCCCGACCGCGUCACCAUGAUGUGCCACCUCCAGGGGAGCAAGCACAUCUCCAAGCAGGCCAAGCAGAAGCAAUGCGAAGCCGUCACUGCUGAUGGCGAUGGGCCAGGAUCAGAAAUGGUGCCCAUGGAGGCCAAUGGCGUGGGCCGGGUGGACGGUGGCUCCCUGCUGUGCGAGCUCUGCAACGUGAAGGUGGCGUCAGAGUGCGACAUGGAGUCUCACCUGUCCGGAAGGAAGCACACCAACAAGGCGAAGGUGGCUGCAGUUGGUGUAGGUGCAUGUGGCAACGGGUCAGGGUCAGAAACUGUGCCCAUGGAGGCCAACGGCGUGCGCCGGCUGGACGGCGGCAUCCUGCUGUGCGAGCUCCGCGACGUCAAGGCCCCAUCGGAGUGCGUCAUGCGGACUCACCUGUCCGGCCAGAAGCACACCAACAAACUGAAGGCCGCCACUGACGCCGGUGCAGGACAGGAGGUGAAGAAGGCUGCCGCCGCUGCCGCCACGAUCGGCAGCCCAUCCAAGGAAGCCGCCUCCAUCGUCGUCAAUGGCAGUGAUGACUCGGUGAAGAAACCAGCAGCGGGAGAGAUGGAGGUAGCUGUGUCAUCGGCAGGACAGGGGGUGAAGAAGGCUGCCGCUGCCGCCCCCACGAUUGGCAGCCCUUCCAAGGAAACCGCCUCCAUCAUCGUUAAUGGCAGCGAUGACUCAUUGAAGAAACCAGCAGCGGGAGAGAUGGAGGUAGCUGUGUCAUCGGCAGGACAGGGGGUGAAGAAGGCCGCCGCCGCCGCCACGAUCGGCAGCCCAUCCAAGGAAACCGCCUCCAUCGUCGUCAUUGGCAGCGAUGACUCAUUGAAGAAACCAGCAGCGGGAGAGAUAGACGUGGCUGUGUCAUCGGCAGGACAGGGGGUGAAGAAGGCCGCCGCAGCAGGCGGCACGAUCGGCAGCUCAUCCAAGGAAGCCACCUCCAUCGUUGUCAACGGCAGCAAUGACUCUGUGAAGAAACCAGCAGCGGGAGAGAUGGAGGUGGUAGUGUCAUCGGCAGCGCCUCAAUUGGAUGUCGCCGCCCAGGUCUGCGCCCGUGUCUCCUCCGUGGCGCCCAUGGAAGUAGACGAAGGUGCUGCCAAAGCUGAACAAGAGAAAGCUGAUGCGGAUGAAGAGGGAGCCGUGGAGAUCGACGGAGGCUCCGCCGUGACCGGCGAGAAGUAUUACAUCAAGGCGGAGGGCAAGCUGUUCGUCACGCUGCGCCAGGCGGACGACAGCCUCUCGUGCGGCCUGUGUGCCGUGCACGGCUGUGACAAGCGCGGCAUGAUCAAUCACAUCUACACAAGGGACCACUGGCGCAGAGCCCGUAUCGCCGAGGAGAAGAAGCGGGCGGUGAACAACGACGGCACUGGCGCCGGCAUCCCGGUCACCGACGGAGUGGCUCAGGUCGACAACUGACGGCAGCCGUGUGUGAAUUUGGGACGGCGAUGUGUGCUGAAGUUUGUUGUGAUGUACUACCUUUAUGUGUGUAUGGACCUGUUGAGACUGUAUGUGUGUAUGGACCUGUUGAGACUCCAGUACAAUUGUUGAACCCUCGUGUGGGUUAAGUCUCAAGUGUGAGUGAACUUGGAACUAUCUGAGCAUUUUCUGCCAGUACAACUUGUUUUAGACUUCAGUACAAUUUCUUUCCAACUAUUUUCUGCCUGCAUCUUUUGGUAGUACUCCCUCCG